AAAGUGACAAAGGAUGCAGAGUUCUGGUUCGAAGACGGCACGAUCAUCCUCAUCGCACAGAAUGUCGAAUUCCGCGUCUACAAAGGCCCUCUCAUCCGGCACUCUCCCGUCUUCAGCGACAUGUUCUCCUUCCCCCAGCCAGUCUUCGCUCCCUCUGCACCUCUCUCAUCUGCGUUCUGCUAUGACGAGACGGCAGAUUUCCCAGUAGUGCAUGUAACCGACUCUCCGUACGAGCUACGCCAUGUCUUACGGGUGUUCGUCUCAGGAGACCAAUUGAACCCCGAGUAUGCCGAAGGGCCAACGAUACACGCAGUCGCUGCCUGGAUCCGGCUAGGCCAAAAAUAUCAAAUCGACUCCUUGGUCAACAGCGGCUUGGAGCACCUCCGGCGGUUCUACCCCGAUAACGCCGCGGGCCGUUGGCUCGUCGGCCCUAUCCCAUCGAAUCGGCCCGCCUCCUUGACGGGCAUUCACGCUGUCGGCGUAGUUAAUUUGGCCCGCCUCACUGGCGAGAUCCGCCUGCUCCCCACUGCCUUACUGGAGUGCGCCAGCCUUGGCGCGGAGGUAGUGCACGGGUAUGAACGCGAGGACGGUUCGCGCGAGCUCCUAGGCGCGGAGGACCUGGGGCGAUGCUUCCAAGCCAAAGGUCGGUUGCUCCAGGAAAGCGCGUCGGAGCUCACUAGCAUUCUGUGGUCCUAUGGCGCGGGCCCCGGGCCGGACUGUCGAAACAAAGAGGAAUGCGAAAAAGGCUUGGAGGGUCUGUGUACGAUGUGGUCGUCGUCGGUCCUGCUGAGGCUUCGCCCGGACGUGUUGUUUGUGGAGGGUGAGGCGGAGCACAUCGUUUGCGACGGGGCGGGGCGUGAACUAUGCCGUGAGUGUAGGUGGAGGAUAGAGAGAGAGGUAUGUGAGACGCGGAAAACGCUGUGGGAUGCUUUACCGCGUAUCUUUGGCCUCCGUAUUGUCGGGUGGAAAACUUGA